GUAGGUCCAGUCCCCCACCCUCAGGUUGAUUGAGGAUCUGGGGUCUCUGCCCCGGGGAAGAAGAGCCUGCUAAGGGGAAGCCAAGGAGAGACGCCUGCCCCACCUUUCCCCACCCACCGUGAGUGAGUCAGGGUCACUCACUCAGUGACAGCUGGAGCUCGCCUUACAUGAGCUAAAUCGGGACUUGGAGUGACUUGCCUCCCUACCCCCACGUUAAAGUUAAUCUCCCUGGAACCAGGGACACACAGUGCUGCCCCCAGGAGUGAGCUAGGGAGAGUGGCUUGGGAACAAAGGAGACGUUCCCCAGGGACAGAGCAGGCAGCAAGAGAUAGAGCUAAGUGCGCCUGGCUGGGCACAGGGGUGAGAGUUGAGCGGACCGGAGGCGUUGUGUCUUGUGGGGGACAGCGAUCAAAGGCAAGUUGUUAGAGGAAAGGACAGGAAGGGGACACCACUGCAGAGCUAUUUCAAGAGGGAGCCUCAGAAGGCAGCCGGAGGGUCUAAAGUCCAGCGAGGAAGGGCCCAGCGGCUGUGAGGCACGGCCACUGAGGGGAUGAACUUCACCGUGGGCUUCAAGCCGCUGCUAGGGGAUGCACACAGCAUGGACAACCUGGAGAAGCAGCUCAUCUGCCCCAUCUGCCUGGAGAUGUUCUCCAAGCCCGUGGUGAUCCUGCCCUGCCAGCACAACCUGUGCCGCAAGUGCGCCAAUCUCAUGCCACAGGCCUCGAACCCUCUGUGGCAAUCCCGGGGCUCCACCACUGUGUCUUCAGGAGGGCGUUUUCGCUGCCCAUCUUGCAGGCAUGAGGUUGUCCUCGACCGACACGGAGUCUACGGCCUGCAGCGAAACCUGCUGGUGGAGAACAUCAUCGACAUUUACAAGCAGGAAUCUUCCAGGCCACUGAACUCCAAGGCUGAGCAGCACCUCAUGUGCGAGGAACAUGAAGAAGAGAAGAUCAAUAUCUACUGCCUGAGCUGUGAAGUGCCCACCUGCUCUCUCUGCAAGGUCUUUGGUGCCCACAAGGACUGUGAGGUGGCCCCACUUCCCACCAUUUACAAACGCCAGAAGAGUGAGCUCAGCGAUGGCAUCGCAAUGUUGGUGGCAGGCAACGACCGUGUGCAAGCAGUGAUCACACAGAUGGAGGAGGUGUGCCAGACCAUAGAGGACAACAGUCGGCGGCAGAAGCAGUUGCUAAACCAGAGGUUUGAGACCCUGUGUGCCGUUCUGGAGGAGCGCAAGGGCGAGUUGCUGCAGGCGCUGGCCCGGGAGCAGGAGGAGAAGCUGCAGCGCGUGCGCGGCCUCAUCCGCCAGUACGGAGACCACCUGGAGGUGUCCUCCAAGCUGGUGGAGUCGGCCAUCCAGUCCAUGGAGGAGCCGCAGAUGGCGCUCUACCUCCAGCAGGCCAAGGAGCUGAUCAAUAAGGUGGGGACGAUGUCGAAGGUGGAGCUGGCCGGCCGGCCGGAGCCGGGCUACGAGAGCAUGGAGCAGUUUUCCGUGAGCGUGGAGCACGUGGCCGAGAUGCUGAGGACCAUCGACUUCCGGCCCGGCGCUUCGGGAGAGGACGAGGACGACGAGGUGUUGUUGGACAGGGACGGCGGCGGCCCGGCGCCCGAGGAAGAGCGGACGGACGCGGCAGACGGCCUGCACUGACCCACCCGAGGAGCCCGUACGCCCGGCCUGGGACUCGCUGGGUUGGCCGCCGAGGAGUUUUGCAGAGACCACCGCGCCACACAGCUUGGUACCCCGCCCAGAAAGGGGGGUUCAGUAAAGGACUUCCACCUCCCA